AUGGAUCCCCACCGGAAUUCUCGAUCCACAUCAUCACCGCCUGCCACCCAUUCCUCUGCUGUUGCUCCCAUUACCUCAAAGCCCACCUACACCGCCUAUCAAUCUGGUGGCCUAUUCGUCCAGGUCAUGCACCUCCGCCUGUUAUCAAUGUUCCUCUCGCGUGAGCGUCAUGCUGUGGGUGCUCCCAACCAAGAUGACGAUGACUUACUACGUGAUGAAGACUAUAUUCCUCCUUCACCGAACCUCAAUUCACAACCACUACCCGAAGGGCAGAUUACCGCCGGAGAGCAUGGAAGCGGCCGGUUCUGUGGCUGCUUCUGA